UACUGUAUUGGUUGUGGCCUAGCUUUCAGCACAGAGUGGUAGGGUCAAUUCGAGGCUGUGACCUAUAUUUUAACGGAAGAGGAAUACACACUCAUUGACCGCCAUGAAUGUUUGUCGGCGGUAGUGUAAAAUAUUUACGCCAAUUAUAAAACCAUUCCUUUUUUGGAUUCUGGUUAUUUUUUUUUUCGGAAACAAAAAUGUUUCCAAUUCAACAAGGCACAUUUGGUCAGCCCUCUUCUGGACAAGGCAUGCCGCCCACUUUCUUGGGACAGCACUUGGGGAAUGGUCAACCUGGCAUUCCUUUUCCAUUUACACAAUUACAGCAAGAUGUGCCACCGCCACCAGUCGUCACUACCCCUAUUGGCCCACCAGAACAGCCUCCUCCAAGUUUUGGACAACCCCCAAUUACUCCAUUGGCAGACUUUGUUUCUCCACCUCGCCCUAACACUGGCACAGAGGGCAGAACCAUAUCACUACGAGCAAAUCAUUUCCAGGUCCGUGUGCCUAAAGGAAUCAUCCACCAUUAUGAAGUUAAUAUAUCACCAGACAAAUGUCCCAGAAGGGUUAACAGAGAAAUCAUUGACACUAUGGUAACAGCCUAUCAACAAAAGAUCUUCCAAGGCCAGAAGCCUGUGUUUGAUGGCAGGAAAAAUUUAUAUAGCAGAGAAGCUUUGCCUAUUGGCUCAGAAAAGGUUGAGCUUGAAGUUACUUUACCUGGAGAGGGACGAGAUAGAGUUUUUAAAGUUGGCAUCAGGUUUAUGGGACAGGUCAGUCUCUUUGCACUGGAAGAAGCGCUGGAGGGACGCACAAGACAGAUACCAAUGGAUGCUAUUCAAGCUCUGGAUGUGGUCAUGAGACAUUUGCCAAGUAAAACGUACACACCUGUUGGGCGCUCAUUCUUCUCUCCACCAGAAGGUUAUGACCAUCCUCUUGGAGGAGGUAGAGAAGUAUGGUUUGGUUUUCACCAGUCUGUGCGGCCUUCUCACUGGAAAAUGAUGUUAAACAUUGAUGUUUCCGCCACUGCCUUUUAUAAAGAACAGCCAGUAAUUGAAUUUAUGUGUGAAGUUUUAGACCUACCAGAUAUAGGAGAACAAAAGAGGCCAUUAGCUGAUUCUCAACGUGUCAAAUUUACCAAAGAAAUCAAAGGUUUAAAGGUAGAAAUCACUCAUUGUGGUGCUAUGAGGCGUAAAUACAGAGUAUGUAAUGUUACCAGAAGACCGGCUCAAACCCAAUCAUUCCCCCUUCAGUUGCAAUCUGGUCAAACUAUAGAAUGUACAGUUGCUCGCUAUUUUAUGGAGCGCUACAAAAUGAAAUUACAACAUCCACAUCUACCUUGUUUGCAAGUAGGACAGGAACAGAAACACACAUAUCUGCCUCUAGAGGUUUGCAAUAUAGUUGGAGGUCAGCGCUGCAUUAAAAAACUUACUGAUAUGCAAACUUCAACUAUGAUCAAGGCCACUGCCAGAUCAGCCCCAGACAGAGAGAAAGAGAUCAACAAUUUGAUACGUAAAGCGAAUUUCAAUGCAGACCCCUAUCUACAAACGUUCGGCAUCAGUAUUCACACUCAAAUGAUGGAUGUGACGGGCAGAGUGUUAACUGCUCCCAAAUUGCAAUAUGGUGGACGGACCAAAGCCCAAGCUGUGCCUAAUCAGGGUGUGUGGGACAUGCGUGGGAAGCAGUUCUACCAGGGCAUUGAGAUCAGAGUCUGGGCUAUCGCCUGUUUUGCUCCUCAGAGGACUGUUAGAGAAGAUGCUCUCCGUAAUUUCACACAGCAGCUCCAGAGAAUCUCAAAUGAUGCAGGCAUGCCUAUCAUGGGGCAACCUUGUUUCUGCAAGUAUGCAACAGGACCUGAUCAAGUUGAACCCAUGUUUAGGUAUUUGAAAAACACAUACCAAGGGUUGCAACUCAUUGUGGUUGUGCUACCUGGAAAAACACCUGUUUAUGCUGAAGUGAAGAGAGUUGGAGACAUUUGCUUUGGCUUAGCUACCCAGUGCGUCCAGGCCAAGAAUGUGAACAAAACCACUCCACAGACUCUUUCCAAUCUCUGCCUUAAGAUCAAUGUUAAGCUUGGGGGAGUCAACAGUAUACUAUUGCCAAGUAUCAGACCUCAUGUAUUCCGAGAACCAAUUAUAUUCCUUGGUGCUGAUGUAACACAUCCACCUGCUGGAGACACCCUUAAGCCUUCUAUUGCUGCUGUUGUAGGUAGCAUGGAUGCACAUCCUAGUCGUUAUUCUGCAACUGUCCGUGUCCAGGAACACAGGCAGGAAAUUAUACGAGACCUAGCCACCAUGGUGAAGGAGCUACUCAUACAGUUUUACCGUUCCACAAGAUUUAAGCCCACCAGAAUUAUAUUUUAUAGAGAUGGUGUUAGUGAGGGCCAGUUUAGCACAGUACUAAGUCAUGAAUUGAGAGCUGUAAGAGAAGCCUGUAUGAAGCUGGAAGUAGACUAUCAGCCUGGCAUCACAUUCAUAGUUGUUCAAAAACGACAUCACACUCGCCUUUUCUGUGCAGAUCGCAGGGACCAAACUGGGCGUAGUGGUAACAUCCCUGCAGGAACCACUGUUGAUCAAGGGAUCACACACCCUACAGAGUUUGAUUUUUAUCUCUGCUCUCAUGCUGGUAUACAGGGUACCAGCCGUCCAUCUCACUAUCAUGUCCUCUGGGAUGACAACCGUUUCAAUGCCGAUGAGCUUCAGAUCCUAACAUAUCAGCUGUGCCAUACUUAUGUGAGGUGUACACGGUCAGUGUCCAUCCCUGCUCCUGCCUACUAUGCUCACCUGGUGGCCUUCAGGGCUCGCUAUCAUCUGGUUGAGAAGGAACAUGACAGUGAUGACCUAUUUUCCAGUGGUGAAGGCAGCAGGCACUCAGACAACAGUGAGGACCGCAACCCACUUUACCUGGCUCGGGCUGUGACUGUGCACCCUGACACCUGUCGAGUGAUGUACUUUGCUUAACCAUCAAGUAACAGAGGAAGAAUUAUCAAAUGCCUACCAUUACCAACGAGUUAUGCUAGCAAUUAAAGCUGAAGCUACCAGAUUAUCUCCUUAAAUCAUAUUGUUCUAAUGGUUAAUGAAUUGUAAGCUAUGAGUCAUUAGUUAGUAAACAAUUAUUGUUUUUGUUUAUUUUGUUUGAUAAAAAAAAAAUCAAAUUUCUUUGGCUGCAUUGUUUUAUGCAAAUAGUGAACAAAUGCUUGUUCAUUGGUACUUAACAAACAAACUUUUGUAUUGAUUUGAUGAUGGAAAAUAAGGGUCAACUCAACAUUUAUUUAAAAAUGAAUGAGACUUUGACUAGUAGCAAAUGUGCUAAAAAGUCCAAUUGCAUCCUAUGGUGCCAAUAAAACUUUGUCUUCACUAAUAGCCACUUUGUGGUUGGUAGACAUUCUGUAUUAACUUAUCACAUUGAUCGGGGAAAGGAAUUGGAAUUUUAAAAGUUGAGGAAAUAAAUUACUGACAUCAUUUUAUGUAAGCUUUUUUUUUUCCAUGUACACAUUAUUUUUUUAAAUAAAAAAAAAAUUAAUGUCAAUUUGUCAAUUUUUUUUAAUUUAAUUUUUUUGCUUUUAUUGUUAACUGGCUUUUGCAUUUCUAGUGACAUUCAUUCUAUAUUGAUGCUAUAAAAUGUUUGCCUUGACCACAAUAAGUCUGUGUAAUAGUGUUGGUAAAAGGGAGAGCAUUAAUGAGUCGAAAUUGCCAAUGAAAGACUUCAAGAAUAGUAGGGGAAUCUGCUUCCAAUUGUGUGUAUUUUAUUGAAAACAUUCUUGACCUAACUUGUGUACCAGUGAAACAGAUUGUGACCUUUUUUUUUGUUUGAUGUAUUCAUUAUUCCCUUGCAUAGUAUCUCUGGAUGUUCUGAGAAAGUUUUUAUUUUAUCAUGUUUGAAUUGUGCAUUUUGAAAGUUCUAAAACUUUUUACAAUUUUUUUGUGGAUUUCUGUUAUUGGAUUACAAAUUCAUAAUUACAUCUGUUGUUUUUUUUUUUAAAUUGUUUUUGCAUAGCAGAGACCUAAACUAACAAAAAAAACAACAACACAUCCUGUUUUACAGGAGUAGCAUUUUAUUUUCUAAAUGCAGAUGAAACAAAAGGACUACCACAAGAUCAAUUUAUGAACAAGAUUUCUGUGUCUGACAAAGCUUUAUGUAUAUUUGUAUUUCUUUGUUUGUUAAUUAUAAGAUCAAAAGAAAAGUCAAUUUGUAUGAAUCCCCCUUAUUUUUUUAAACAUUGAAAUCCUAAGCUUUUAGUGUUGUUGUUCUUUUUUAAAGGGAAUUCAUUUUAGCAUCAAGAGGCUCAUUUGUAUCUAGACUGCAAUAUUGCAGGGCUGUGUGAGGAUCAUAGACAAUUAGUUCUCCACAACUGGACAAUGUUUUUUUUUUUUAAAGAAACUGAAAGAAAAAGCUACCCUUUUUUUUAAUGCCAAAUGCUAAUUUUAAAAAAUAUUGAUGAUUAUAGAUUCAUUUUAUUACUGAAACUGAAUGGGAAAAUUAUGAAUAGUUGUAGCACUUGUUUGAUACAACAUGAGCUUUUUGUUUCAUUGUAGAUGAGCCUGAUGAGCCCACUUAGUCUUACUUGAAAGGAUCAAAUAAUACACUUUUAAAACCCUAACCAAUAAAUCCUAACAAAACACCCACUGGCUUAACUUGUUAUUUUUUUUUAGAGAAAUCUUAUUACUAUUAUACUUACAUUUUUUCUUUUGAAGAUUUUUUUUUCCCUAGAUUUUCCUAAUAACAAUGUAAAAUCUUUUUUCUUAAAGAGAAAUUCCAUGUUGGUUUCAUAUUUUCAUUCAACAUUAGACACUAGAUGGAAUAUUAGGCUUUAAAAUUGCUAUCAAAAUUAUUUAAAAAGAAAAAAAGGUUUAAUGGGAAAUAGAGUAUAUAAAAAUAAUUGGAGUUUAACCUCUAAGGCAGCGGUUCUCAACCUUUUAUGCUCGGCGACCCUUUUUACAAUCCCCCACUCUUCAGCGACCCCCCCUACCCACACACACACAUACAGCAAUAGAAGAAUAGACAAUAACAAUUUUUAACAAUUAAUAAUCUUCGAUGGUCUUAGGCGACCCCUGGCAAAUCGUCAAUCGACCCCCAAGGGGGUCGCGACCCAGAGGUUGAGAACCCCUGCUCUAAGGUUAUGUCCUUUCAUAAACUUCAUUGUAUUGCUAUAACUUUCAAAAUUUUUAUUUUAUUAUUAUAAUUACAUCUGUGGUUUACUGAACCCUCCCCCCACCUCUGUGUCAUGUGUUUGGCUUAAACAAAAUAAACAACCCACCUCGUCUUCAUAAAGUUGUCAUGUUAAAAUAUAUAAAUGCAUUUUAUACAACAAAAAAAAAAUUAAACCAAUGCAGAAUCUGUACUUCACUUGAAAUUACUGGUAUGUAUGCUGAUACUAUUAUUGCUAGUAAUCAAAGACUGAUGUUCUGAAAUAUUAGACAGAAGAAAAUGUACACAGAAUAAUAUUGAAAGCAAGAAUUUGAAUAAAUCCUUUUUUUUUCUUUAGUAAGAUCCAAAUGUCCCUUUUUUUUUUUACAAACGUUUAUAUUUUUUUAGUUAGAUCACUUUUUUUUUUUUAAACCUAUGGUAGAUAAACAUUAUUUGUAUUUUUAUAUUUGUUUUCAUAUUGCUUUUAUAUGAAUUCUGAUAAAAAACAACAACAUCAAAACAUUAAUUUUUGUGUAAUAAAUACGAGACUAACUUUAUUAUGUUAAAGCUAGACGCAGCUUUUUUUUUUUUUUUUUUUUUUUUUUUUUUUUUUUUUUAACUUUAAUAUUUUAUGUUUGAAAAAAUAUUUUUUAAAUCUCCCACUUUAUCUAUUCCAUUGUUAUGCUGUUUUGAAAAGUACAGGAUUUACUGCUCUACCCUUCAAACUUGUAUUUUGUAAAUGUUUAUUUGAAAUGUAUGCUUGGAAGGGGAAUCACCUGAACUCAUUUUUUUUGUGCCAUUGAACUAGAUUUGCAUGUGUGCUCAAACAAGAGUAUUUUAUAAUGUAAUUUUGAAAAGUUCUUGAUCUGAAGAAACUUUUUUUUUGUUUUUUCCUUUUACUGUAAGUGGUGUCUACAUAUCAAAAAACAUUUCACACACAUGUAACACCUUAGUGGGCGCCUUGAUUCUUGAUGGUUCUUCAUAUUUUUUACUUCAUAUGUUUGUAAUUUCUAAAGUACUUGACAAAUACUACUGCAAUAUGAUUUAUCUUGUUUGUUUUUUAAUUUAACUUUUUUUUUUUUUCAUCACCAUUUGUCUAUGACAAUUUUUAGAAUGUUGUAGGGGUGUUUGAUGUCCUCUUAACAUCUGACAGCCAUACAAUACAUUUACUCGAGUCUCUGCUCAAUAAGCCUUUAGAUGUAUUAGAUCUAUGUUUGACAAACUGUUGACAAAAUGCAAGACUGUGCAUUCUUUAUUUACUUACCCACCCUUAGUUCCCAGCAUUUUACAAACAACAGAUAAUUGACCAUGUAAACAUAACAAGACAUAGUACUAGUAUUACAUCAUUUGGAGUUGUUCAAGGGGAGAAGAGUAUAGAUCUUAAAUUCUUUUAUAUUUUUCCAGUUUGUUAAUCUUUGAGCAAAUCCAAAAGGAGCUUUUAAUGUCCAAUGGUAAUAUCUUCAUUAUCCAUGAGAAAAUUUGUCUUGCAAUUUGUGCAUUACACACAAUAAAACAUUUUAACCUAUUACAAACAAAAUAUAUGUAAACAUUGUCAAUAUGUGUAAUGUUAAUUAGUUAGUUCAUCUACUUCAUUUAGAAUCACUACAGAAAAGAGAUUUGAAGAACUGGAGUGCAAGCAUUCUUAUAAUUCCAGAAAGAAUGAGAUAGAAAAGCAAAAAAGAGAUUGUAAUUUUCAUAUUUCUUCUGCUAAAAAAUAUAUAAAAUAUUUAUAUAUCUAUAAAGAUUUAUUUUUCUUUUUUAAACUGGUUGUUGCUAUUUGAGAAGGAAUUAAUAAACCCAAAUUUACAUGUGUGCAUUCUAUUCCACUUUAAAAAUUAUAUUUAUGAGCUAUUUCAUUCAAUUAAGAAUGGUGUGCAAUGCAAUGUAAAAAAAAAACAAAAAAAACUAGACAAUAACUAAUAACUCAUAUCAUCAUCUCCCUUAUAAUUUUUAUACAAAUGGCUGUGACAUAAGCACCAUAACAAUGUAUCAUUGACAAAUUUGAACACACAAAUUUAUUCCACACCCCAUUUUUUUUAUACAUAGUAUUUCUUACAGUAUGUUUUGUAAUGUGUUAAUGAUCUUGACAGUAUCCAGGAAGUUUUUAACUCAUAUCCCAGUAAUCUUAGUACAUUACUAAUUGAACACAUAAACCCUAGUCUUUUCAUCAUCUCUAUUUUGUUUGAAAAUACUUGUUACCCUAAUGUUAUGUUCUCCAUGUAAUGUUGAUAAUAUUGACUGCAAAAAUUGAAAAAUAAAUAUGCAGUCACAUUAUUAACUGUUAGUGUGUGCUACAUAUAGCAACUCUUAUAUACAAAAAAAAAAUCACAAUUUAAGAAUAUCAACAUAUUUGUUUUGUUUCUUAGACAUGAGCAUUUGAGUUCAUUUGUGCCCAUACAUACAUCAUUGAGAUUUAUAAGUAGUGCCUUUAUACACAUCCCACCCCAACAUUUGCAUGUGUCUGUGUGUUUUAAUUUUUAACUCUGUAUUUAUUGACUUGCUGCAGAGUUGAAAGCUAAUGGAAUAUGUGUGAAUGAUUUCUGUGGUUUUUAUAAUUUAUACUUCAAUUGUAGUUGUCAAAUAUUCAGUUUUACUUCCAAUGUUUGAAUGCCAAAGUGUGAAAUAUAUUUUGUGAACAAUAUUUAUUGUUUGGUUAUGGCCCUUAAUUUUUAUAAAUUAAAACAAAAAAUUUCCACAAAUCCAGUUCUAACCCAAUGUGACUGAAUGCUAUUUAUAGAACUGAGUAAUUUAUCAUUAUUUUAUUUAACCUUCUCAUCAUUUACUACUUGACAUGUGUCUGCCUAUCCAAUCAGAAAUGUCACAGUGCAUCCAUUUUUGUUUCUUCAUUCAGUCCUCAGACAGCCAGCAUUGAUAAUUGAUGAAUCCAAACAUAUUUAACUAUGGCUUUUGUAUUUGUUUUGUAAUUUUUUUUGAAAGAAAAUUAUUAAUGGUUGCAGUCUGUUGAAUAUGAUCAAAUACUGGAUGUUAAAAAAUUGAAUCAAUGAAACAAUCUGAUACA